GGGGCUUAAAAAGGUAUUUGUCUGUUUGGCUCCAGUCAUGGCCGGGAGCUCAGAGAAAAUACCCAUCACAACGGCGGAACCAGAGGACCAGCAUCACUUCAUGCCGCCGGCCUACUCCGCCGUGGCGGUGAAACCGGCCUCCACCGGACGCCUGCUGAAGGCCGGGAUCGCCGUGCUGGUAACCGGAGCCGUUCUGCUGCUGCUGGGAGCCGCCGGCGCUUUCUACUUCUGGAACAACAACGAGAAACACGUCUACAAUGUCCACUACACCAUGAGCAUCAACGGCAAGGUGGAGAAGGGCUCCAUGGAGAUCGACUCCGCCAACAACAUGGAGACGUUCAGCACAGGCAGCGGCGCCGACGAGGCGCUGGAGGUCCACGACUUCGAGAUUGGAAUUACAGCCAUCCGGUUUUCGGGGGGAGACAAGUGCUUCAUCAGGACCCAGGUUAAAGCUCAGCUCCCGGAUGUGGAGCCUCUGAUCAAKGACCCGACGACAUUUGAACUGGUGAGAGUUGCAGGCGGCCAGAGGAAGAGCAGAGCCGCUCCUCGMGAGCGCCGGCAGGCAGCUGCUGCGGUGGAGCACGAGGACGAGGAGCCGCAGUUCAACCCGGAGAACCCCUAUCAGCGAGGACUGGAGGGCGAGCAGGGCGCUCCGGACAUCGACCCCAUGCUGGACCACCAGGGCGUGUGCUGCAGCGAGUGUCGCCGCGGCUACACCCACUGUCAGAGGAUCUGCGAGCCGCUCGGCGGCCACCAGUCCUGGCCGUACCACUACCGAGGCUGCAGGGUGGCCUGCAGAGUUAUCAUGCCCUGCAAAUGGUGGGUGGCGCGCAUCAUGGGGCUGGUGUGAGAAAAUCACCAGUACUCGCCCGAGACGUGGCAGAGCCCAGGAGGGAGGGACGGGGUUCAAAGGGAGCUGAGAUGAAGGGAAAAGUUAUUAAAAAAAAGAAGAAGAAGAAGAAAAGAAGGAGGGGGGGAGUUACUUAAUAACAUCUACUGUAGGUAGCUGAGUCUAAGCAGAUUUGUUCAAAAGCAACUUGCAUUAGUAGCUGUGUUUAUGAAUUCUAGAUGCAUAUAAAGCUGAUCUGACACUGAAAGGCAAACGCAGUGGCGGCACAUCCUUUCAUGCUGUUAAAACACACACACACACACACACACACUGCAGCUACUAAUCUGGGGUCUUCUGAGUUAGAGCGCAACAUGCUACCUAGAAAACAGAGAUGGUGACAUUACUUCAUAUAGACGCGUAGUAGGAAAAGCUUGCAUUAAUAGAGCCAGUGAUUUACGUUGCCUAAAAUUCUGUACAUAAAUAUSUACAAAGGACUCCAGAAGAAGUUGGUGGAUUUACAGAACCGUACAUCCGGAGGUUUCCGAUGUUGAAUAAGAGAAACUUCAAUACGUUUUAUUGGGAUUUUAUGAUUUUACGUGAUAACUCGGCAUGAACAGAGUACGUGGGCAGAGUWGGAGGGAAGGGUUAAAUACAGGAUGGUGGAAAAAAAACCUGUCUUUGGGCGAACCGCCCCUUUCUAAAGCCGCCCUGCGUAACUGCCCAUAUGAAACCCUUCCACUGGAAGCCAGAGCUGCRUAUGGAAGGAUUUGCUUUGUAAAUGUAAAACAAGCUGAAAUUCAAUCAGUUUUAAUCACAAAUAAUAAAAACAGAGGCAAUAUUUGAUUGGCCAUAACCUUCCAGGUGGCUCUGAUUUAGCAAUAAAAUAUUAAUAGGCAUCAAUCUUUUCUGUGUCUUAGUGACAAAAUGCUAAGAAUCAGGAAGAGAAGUCAUUUAUGGCUCCA